AUGUCUGGUGUUGAUGUGGUGGAGAAGAAGAAGAUAAAUUCGAAUCCGAAUAGGAGGAGGGUGAGGGGGGAGGAGGAGGAGAGGAGGAGGAGGAGGGAGGGGAGGGAGAGGGAAGGGAGGAAUAUAUACGUUUAUGCGCCGCAGGCUAGGGAAAAGCACCGGUCGCCGAGGAGGGAGGAGGUGAGGGGGGAGCCGUGUAGUGGGGAGGAGGAGUUGUCGGCGGUAGAGGAGGAGAGGGAUGGGGAGAGGAGGGAUGGGAGUGAGGGGAGGGAGAGGCGCUCGUCGGGACAUCGGAGGCGCAGGCGUCCGGUGGAAGAAGAUGGGACGGCGCGGCAUAGGUCGUCGGCGUCGUUGAGUCGGAGUAAGACGUCUAGCCACCGUAAGGAUUCGAGUCAGCCGUUGAACUUUCUGCGAAGGAGCUUCUCCUCCGCCAGCGCGCGUCCCGACACUCGACCCGUCAUCAAGAGAGCGCAUACUACGAGUAAUACCCAUCUCCCGAAGAAGACGUACGAGUCCACCGGGCCCCCACAAACCCCUAAACGAUCUAUAUUCCUCGACAUGUUCACACCAGGCAUCAAAGAAGAAGAGCCCGUGAAACUCGUCGAAUGCCUCACCUGCCUCUCGGACGACAUCCCGCGCCGCAAAUCCGCCAAACUCAAAUGCGGCCACCGCAUGUGCCACUCCUGCCUGCGCCGAAUCUUCAAACUCUCCGUCACAGACCCCCAACACAUGCCACCCAAAUGCUGUACCGCCGACUGCAUCCCCCUAAAACACGUCGACAAGCUCUUCGACAUCCCGUUCAAGAAGUUGUGGAACCGGAAGUUCCAGGAGUAUACUACUAAGAACCGGAUUUACUGCCCGUCGCGGCGGUGCGGGGAGUGGAUAAAGCCGGGGAAUUAUCAUGAUGAUGGGAAGGGGGGGAGGUAUGGGAAGUGUGGGAGGUGUAAGACGAGGGUUUGUGUGAAGUGUAGUGGGAAGUGGCAUGGGAGGAGGGAGUGUGCGGGGGAUGAGGAGACGAAUCGGUUGUUGGAGGCGGCGAAGGAGGCGGGGUGGCAGAGGUGUUAUAGUUGUCGGACGAUGGUGGAGUUGAAGGAGGGGUGUAACCAUAUGACUUGCCGCUGCACAGCAGAAUUCUGCAUGCUCUGCGGUCUCAAAUGGAAAACCUGCGCCUGUCCCUGGUUCAACUACGACAACAUCGCCGACAACGACCGGCUUGGGCACAUGCGCAUCCCUAUGCCCCACCCACCUCCCCAACCACCCGGCGCCUUCCCCGACCCCGGCGUCAUCCACAUCCCAUUCCCACCCCCUCCUCAACCCCGCCCACCGCGCCUCCGUCGCCAGAAUCAGGACGAUUUAGUCAGGGGAAUGAGGGGGUUGGAUAUCGACCCCGCCGCACCACCUGCACCACCCCCACCCGCGCCGCCGGUGGCGGACUGGAACUUUGGCUUCGGAGUCGGCAACGCAGCAGGCCACCACAUGAAUGAAACCUAUCGCCGACCCGUCCCCCUACCGCACCAGGAUGUUUACGUUGCCCGCGGAGACGCGUAUUCGCCGCCUGCACCAGCACCGGCACCAUCGCCACCAACACCCGCAGCGCAGUUAGCAGCGCAUGCAGCGGUGUCCUCGCAAGCUGCUACGCUGGCGAGGGAGAGGGAGAUGAGGCAGGAAAGUCGGAGGAGGAAGAGGGAGGUUGUGGAGGAGAGGGCGAGGAGGGAGGAAGCUGAACGGGUGGCGAGGGAGGAGAGGAGGAGGAGGAGGAGGGAGAGGGAGGCUGCUGCUGCUGCUGCGGUGGCGGCGGAGGCGGAGGUUAGGAGAGAGGCGAGGGAGAAGGAGGGGGUGAGGAGUAGUGUUAUGGCUGGUCUGGGGGGACGGGGGAGGGGAAGCGGGAGGGUGGGGGCGUGGAGGACGCAUGUGGGAUUGGGGGUGGAGCCGGAGGAGGGGGUUAUUAGCGUUGUUUAGGGGUGUAGGAUUUUUUGGGGAUACGUUUUGGAUAGGUAGGUGGGAUUUGUUUUUGGAAGAUGGUAGGGGGGAAGGAGGAUGGCGAUUUGGUAAGGAUUUAUUUAUUGGCCAUUGUGUCUUUUUGAGGGGAGGAUUUAGCGGGAUUGAAGCGGAUUGGAUUGGAUGCUGUGUAAGUUAGGGGGAUUAUGAAUUAUGAUGAUUGUAUUCGUUCAUCUGUCUGUCUAGCUUAGCUAGUCGAAGCUGUUAGGGACAAACCCUCGUUGUGGCCACCAUCUUCUUUAAAGAGAACUAUGGCGAAUACAAAAUGGCCGAAGUCGUCGAAUUCGGGCUUUGUAUUCUUAACCACCAACUCAGGGCGGGUAUUGUCUGUCCCUCCAACUCCCUUCGCACUUCCCACUGACA